CUUCAACGGCCCAUCUACAAGACCAGUCUAUAUUAAUCAAAGGCCACCAGCCCUAGGGUUUCAUCAUCGUCUUCUUCUUCUUCCUGCUGCUGCUGCUGCUGCUGCUGCUGCUGCUAACCCUAAUUUCAAGCAGCAAUCAUGAUUAUUCCGGACAAGAACCGUAAGGCCAUUUCCAAAUACCUCUUUCAAGAGGGUGUUUGUUUCGCCAAAAAGGACUACAACCUUGCGAAGCACCCGGAAAUCGAUGUACCGAACUUGCAGGUGAUUAAGCUCAUGCAGAGCUUCAAAUCGAAAGAGUAUGUGAAGGAGACUUUUGCUUGGAUGCAUUACUAUUGGUAUUUGACCAAUGAUGGGAUUGAGUUUCUUAGAACUUAUUUGAAUCUUCCAUCGGAUAUUGUUCCUGCUACUUUGAAAAAAUCUGCUAAGCCGCUUGGUCGUCCCAUGGGUGGACCGCCCGGUGACCGCCCUCGUGGGCCGCCUAGGUUUGAAGGGGAUAGACCGAGGUUUGGUGAUCGCGAUGGGUAUCGUGGCGGUCCGAGAGGGCCUCCCGGGGAGUUUGGUGGUGAGAAGGGUGGAGCUCCAGCUGACUACCAGCCUGCUUUCAACAGGGGUGCUGGCGGAAGGCCCAGCUUUGGCCGUGGAGGUGGUGGUUUCGGUGGUGGCGCACCACCAAGCUCAAGCUUCUCUUAAACAUUAGUAGUUUUUGCCGGUUGAGUUUGAGAUUGUCAGGAUUAUUAGCUUAAUGCUACUGUUAUAGUACUUGAGUUGUGUUAUCCAGUAAUUUUGUUAAAUCAAGGAUGCUGUUCUUUCUUGUUCAUCAUCAUAUUAUUCGUCAUUUGAAUUAUGUGUU